AUGUCGCUGGGAGCGUUCGAGCAGUGGUUUGUUGCGAAUGGGGGCUUUGUCGAUAAAGAAUAUGUUGGGUUGACUGAAUUCCCGGAGGAGGAAGGAGGCCGAGGCAUGGUUGCCUUGAAGGACAUACCGGCGGAUCAUACCCUAUUCUCUAUUCCCCGCUCCAUAGUUUUGUCUACACGCACAUCACCUUUGCCUAGCCUUUUCGGCGCAGAUGCAUGGAAGGAGCGACAGCUUGACAAGGGUUGGGGCGGCCUAAUUCUUUGCAUGAUGUGGGAAAGUGCUCAGCCCGAUCGCAAGUGGAAGGGAUACUUGGACUCCCUCCCCACUGAAUUCUCCACGCCCAUGUUCUGGACAGAAGAGGAGAUCGCUGAGCUUACGGGUACCGCCGUGGUAGACCACAUAGGCAAACAAGAAGCGGAUCAGGAAUACACCAACAAGGUCCUCCCCGCAAUCCAAAGCCGCCCCGACCUCUUCCCCCCAUCACUCCUCUCCACACACUUCUCCCUCACCGCCUUUCACAUCAAUGGCUCCCGCGUCCUCUCUCGCAGCUUCAACGUCGAAGAAGGCGAUGACGACUCCGAUAGUGAUGAUGAAGGCCCCGCAGACAAAUCCGCCGACCUGAUGGACGUCGACGCGACGGAGCCGCCCCCGGAAGGGGGCGCCGAGGAAGCGAUCGAGGUGUCGGACGAUGAGGACAGCGAUGAGGAGGACGCGGGGGAUGUGGGCAUGGUCCCGAUGGCGGACAUGCUGAAUGCGAGAUAUGGGUCGGAGAAUGCCAAGCUCUUCUACGAGCCCACCGUUCUCAAGAUGAUCUCCACCAAGCCGAUCAAGGCAGGGGACCAAGUCUGGAACACCUACGCCGACCCGCCCAACAGCGCCCUCCUAAGACGCUACGGGCACGUAGACGUUAUCGCGCCAGACGCCCCCAAUGCAAGUACAGACGGUCAAGAGAACGUUGCCGGCGCCCCCAACCCCGCCGAUAUCGUUGAAGUCCGCGCCGACCUCGUCGUGCGGAGUGCAAUCGAGCGCGCCGGAGGUAGCGACGCGGAAGAAGCGGCGAAGGAGCGCAUCGACUGGUGGCUAGAUGAGGGAGGCGAUGACGUUUUCAUCCUCGACACCUCCUGCGCCCUCCCCACCCUCCUCAUCUCCCUCAUCCGCCUCCUCCGCCUCGCGCGCGCCGAAUACGAGAAGGCCAUCGCGAAAGGCAAGUUACCCAAGGGAAAGCUGAAGCCUGAGACGGACGAAGAUGCGGCGGAUGUGCUGCGUAUUGUGAAGGACGCCCUGGAGAGGAAGGCUGGGGAAUAUGUGGGUGGGGCGGAUCCGGAGGCUGAUGCUCAGCUCCUCACCUCCAAUCCGCCCCUCCCGCCCCGCAAACGGUGCGCCGUCAUUAUCCGCCUCGGCGAGAAGCGCAUAUUGCGGAAGACGAUCGAGCGCGUUGAGGAGAUGUUGGCGAAGGCUGAGGCUGCGAAGGCGGGGUAUAAGCUCUCGGGCAAGGAUCAGAGGCCCACGAAAGCGAAUGGUGGGAAGCGGAAGGGUGCAGCGGAGGAGGCGCGCGGAGGGGGGAAGAAGGCGAGGCGGUGAUGAUUAGUUGAUCUCACCUUCAGUACUCUAUUCCAGGUAUGAAGGGGUCUUCGUAUAUUCUCCUGUGUUCUUAGUUGUUCUUUUUUCUGCUGUCCGCGACCCCCUUCUAUCGGGUCUGGAAGUACUGCAGACUCAGUAUAAGUCGCAUGUAGCUUGACGCCAAUAACGUGACUGCGUUCGGUAAAUGAUUGUGACAAUGUCACCUUCGCCUUUC